AUGUUUGGUACCAAGAUCCUUCAGGCCCUCGAAGUGCAGGAAGCGCGCCGUCUCGAGCAAAGGCCCCGCAAGUACGUGCGCGCCCCGACACCAUCUCCGUUUCCGUCGACUGGUCUCCGCACCCCACUGGCGCCACCGACAACAACCAAAGCGCCGUUGCCGUUGGCGCCCUUGACGCACCGCCGACUUGCGCCGCGAAGCGGCCACCACCAAAGCACUAGCAACAAAUUCCGCUCCGUUGUGGAGUCGUACGACGAAGACAACAUGUCGUAG